UGCCCCCCCCCAUCCGACAGCCCCAUCCCUUUCCUGCGGCCGCUUCCCUGUUCCCACUCAGAACUUGGGAACGCCACAACAGGCUCGUCCCUUCCUUAACAUCCCUCAAUCCAAGCUCCCAAAUCCCACUUUUCCCAGCGCUAAACCCCCCAAAUCCCAUUUCCCAACCCCAAAACCUUGGGAAUAACUUGGAAUCCCGCAGGAAAACCCCAUUGGAUCACACAGGAGGGGGUCCCCCCCCCAUCGCCCCAAUGUUAAGCCGUUGAGCCACCAUCCGCAGCAUUCCCAACACGAUCCCAUCAUUCCCAAAGGCCGGAAUGUUCAGCUGGAUGAAGAAGCAGGCCAAGAAGGGCCCGGAGGCAGCGGGGACGGUUCGGGCCGGGCUGAAGAAGCUCUACAAGAAGAAGUUAUUCCCAUUGGAAGAAGCAAGUCGAUUCCAUGAUUUCCAUUCCCCGGCCUUGGAAGAGGCGGAUUUCGACACCAAGCCCAUGGUCCUGGUCAUGGGCCAGUAUUCCACAGGGAAAACCACCUUCAUCCGGUACCUGUUGGAGCAGGAUAUCCCCGGGAGCCGCAUCGGACCCGAGCCCACCACCGACUCCUUCGUGGCCAUCAUGCACGGGGACACCGAGGGCAUCAUUCCCGGGAAUGCGCUGGUCGUGGAUCCCAACAAACCCUUCCGGAAGCUGCAUCCGUUCGGGAAUGCUUUCCUCAACCGGUUCCAUUGCGCGCAGCUCCCGAACCAGGUCCUGGAGAGCAUCAGUAUCAUUGACACCCCCGGGAUCCUCUCGGGGGCCAAACAACGCGUGAGCAGAGGCUAUGACUUCCCAGCCGUCCUUCAGUGGUUCGCGGAACGCGUUGACCUCAUCAUCCUCCUCUUCGAUUCCCACAAGCUGGAAAUCUCGGAUGAGUUCUCGGAAGCCAUCAGGGCCCUCAAGGGCCACGAGGACAAGAUCCGGGUGCUCCUCAACAAGGCCGACGCUGUGGAGACCCAGCAGCUCAUGCGGGUCUAUGGGGCCCUGCUCUGGUCCUUAGGGAAGGUGUUUGACACCCCGGAAGUGCUGCGGGUGUUCCUGGGGUCCUUCUGGUCGGAGCCGCUGGUGAUUCCCGACAACCGGAGCCUGUUUGAGCUGGAGGAGCAGGAUCUGUUCCAGGAGAUCCAGAGCCUGCCCCGGCACGCGGCUCUGCGCAAGCUCAAUGACCUGGUCAAGAGAGCGAGGCUGCUGAGGGUCCAUGUCCAUAUCCUGGCUCGGCUGCGCAAGGAGAUGCCCUCAGUGUUCGGGAAGGAGGCCAAGAAGAAGCAGCUCAUUUCCCAGCUCCCAAUGCUCUUCAGCCGCAUCCAACUGGAGCAGCACAUCCCGGCCGGAGACUUCCCUGACUGCGCCCGCAUGCAGGAGCUGCUCCUGGUCCAGGACUUCUCCCGCCUGCCUGUGUUGAAGCCUCGGGUGCUGGAGGCCCUGGACGAGCUCCUGACCUCGGACAUCGCGGCCCUGAUGCCUCUGCUCCGUCGGGAAGAGCUGGAGGCUCCGGAAGGUUCCGUGCAGGGGGGGGCGUUCGAAGGCACCCGGCAGGGCCCAUUCCACGCGGAGGAGGAGGAGGAGGAAGAGGAAGGCGAAUGGGCAGUGAUGAAGGACAAAGCCAAGUACGAUGAGAUCUUCUAUGGGUUGGCCCCAAUGGGGGGCAAGCUGAGCGGGCGACGCGCGAAGGGAUGGAUGGUGAGCAGCAACCUGCCCAGUUCCGUACUGGGGCGGAUCUGGAAGCUGAGUGAUGUGGAUCGGGAUGGGAUGUUGGAUGCUGAGGAGUUCGCGUUGGCCGGACACCUGAUCGGGGCCAAGCUGGAGGGCAGGGGGCUCCCCACGGAUCUGCCCCCCCGCCUGGUGCCGCCGUCCAAGAGGAGGCAGAAGGGGUCGGCGGAGUGAAGGGGGAAAUAGUGAGAAAAUAGAGGAAAUGGAACCAAAAAUAGCGUGAAAUGGAACCAAAAGCAGCGCAAAAUAAGCACAGAAUAGCCCGAAAAGCAGCACUGAAAAUAGCACGAAAAUAGCGCAAAAUGGACCCAAAAGCAGUGUGAAAAAUGCACAAAAAUAGCGUGAAAUUGAACCAAAAAUAGUGCAAAAAUUGCCUGAAAUGGACCCCAAAGGAACGCUAAAGUAACCCCAAAAGCAGCAUGAAAAUAGCACGAAAAUAGCGCAAAAUGGACCCAAAAGCAGCGUGAAAAUAGCA